AGAGGGAUAGCUUUCAGGUUUUCUCCAUUGAGUACGAUAUUAGCUGUGGGACUUUUUGUACUUUCUAUUUCUCUGUGUAAAGUCUCUAUCUCUUUAAUUAAGACUAUAUUUUCCUUUGAGUCUUCCGUCCAUCUUUUUCUCCUUAAUUUUGAAUCACAUUUUUAAUGUCUUUGUUUGGCUUUGUUUUUUAGUCUCCAGACAUAUAGAUGCAGACGUAAAAGUGUUUUGAAGAUGAGCUGUUUACCUGGAAACCCAUAGUGAAAAUGCUUCAUGUGGCAUAUUUCAUUCUUCUAGUUGGUCUGGACAUUUGAAGACCAAGAGAGAAUGUUGUAAAAUAGUCAGUGAUGGUGACAGUUUAGAAAUGAUAUAAGUGGUUUGCUUUGUGGCUUCAAGUUUACAAUCUUUCAAAAUAGAAUAGUGUAUCCACCGAUUUCAGAAGUGUGGUGGUUGACUCCGAGGCUUCCCAGGUAGGGCAGGUGGAUUUGUUCUUUCUGAAAAUGUGUCCCUCUCCUCUGUAUAGCACUUAUUCUCGCUCCCUAUCUAGUGUCCCUGUGAGAGACUCUGUGAAGACGUGGUUCUCCUCAGAGACAACUCCAUCCCAGAAGCACUUCAUCCAAAGGACUUGCCAAGCCAGAUGAUGCCUGUUGAGCUGGAGCAGGCACUAGUCCUGCUGCCGCCACUGGCGAAGACUGAGGACUCCCCAUUCUCUGGACCAGAUGCCAUCCCUCGAGGGGAGCUCUGCAGCCCUGAGACAGCACGCCAGCGUUUCAGGCAGUUUCGUUACCAGGUGAUGUCUGGGCCCCAUGAGACCCUGAGACAACUUCGGAGGCUCUGUUUCCAGUGGCUGCAGCCAGACGUUCACACGAAGGAGCAGAUCCUAGAGAUCCUCAUGUUGGAACAGUUCCUGACCAUCCUGCCCGGGGAGAUCCAGAUGUGGGUGCGGAAACAGUGUCCAGGCAGCGGAGAGGAGGCAGUGACCCUUGUGGAGAGCUUGAAGGGAGACCCCCAGAGACUGUGGCAGUGGAUCAGCAUCCAAGUUCUGGGACAGGAGAUCUUAUCAGAGAAGGUGGAAUCUCCAAGCUGCCAAGGGGGGGAAGUGGAGCCCCAUCUUGAAGUGGUGCCUCCGGAGCUGGGACUUCAGACUUCACCCUUCGGGCCUGAGGAGCCACUCAGCCACAUUGUGAAAGAGGAGUCUGACAUGGAACAAGAAUUAGUGAUGGCUGCUUCCCAGCUUCCAGCCCAGCCUGAGGGAAGGCUCAUGAGAGACCAGGACUUCGGAGCCUCACUUCUCCACACAGCACCUCAGUGGAGGCACCUGGAUUCUUCUCAAAAGGAGCAAUACUGGGAUCUCAUGCUGGAGACCUACGGGAAAAUGGUCUCAGGAGGCAUGUCCAAUUCCAAGCCUGACCCAACUUCAACAGAGUGUGGGGAAGAGCUGGCAGGAAUGUACCUUCACAUCAGCGAGAAGAUCCCAAGACCUACCUGCACAGGAGACAGACAGGAGAAUGACAAAGAGAACCUAAACUUGGAAAACUAUAGGGACCAGGAACCUCAAGCCUCAGGAGAGGCACCUUCUCAGGCUUGCUUGAGUGGCCUCUUCAGUGAGGAUGAGCCGAGACGCUUUGGAGAAGGAGAGACUCUCCCUGAGGCUCAGGAAAACCUUCAGGGUGAGGGGCCAGGGGGCCAGCUCUCUCCCCAAGAAAGGACUUCUGGGAAACAGCUGGGUCAGCAUUUGCCGAGUCCACAUCCAGGAGAACUGUCCAUGCUGUGGCUUGAGGAGAAGAGAGAGGCCUCCCCGAAAGGGCAGCUGCGAGCCCCCAUGGCCCAGAAGCUCCCCACCUGCAGGGAGUGUGGGAAGACCUUUUACAGGAAUUCUCAGCUUGUUUUUCACCAGAGGACUCACACUGGAGAGACAUACUUUCAGUGCCCCACCUGCAAAAAAGCCUUUCUGCGGAGUUCAGACUUUGUGAAACAUCAGAGAAUUCACACAGGAGAGAAGCCCUGUAAAUGUGAUUACUGUGGGAAAGGCUUUAGUGACUUCUCAGGGUUGCGCCACCACGAGAAAAUCCACACAGGAGAGAAACCCUAUAAAUGUCCCAUCUGUGAGAAGAGUUUUAUUCAAAGAUCAAACUUUAAUAGGCAUCAGAGGGUUCACACAGGAGAGAAACCUUAUAAAUGUUCCCGCUGCGGGAAAAGUUUCAGCUGGAGCUCGAGCCUUGAUAAACAUCAAAGAUCCCACUUAGGAAAGAAGCCCUUUCAAUAGCCAGGCUCUCUUAGCCCAUUUCUAUUUCCCGGUCCAUUUAAAAAUACUUACCUCCAUCCAGAGAAAUUAUGUCUCUUAGAGGACAUUCCUGUUCUUUUUUUCAUGGAUUGGAGAGGAGAGACUUGAACAUGGUUUUGGACUCAGAGGAUGUAUUGGCCUCUGGAUUGGAUUUCACACUAAUUAUUUCUUGCUUCUACAUCCUGAGAAAGAAUAGUCUUCAUCUUUCAGCUCAUCCCUUCUUUUGGACCCCUUGGGAAAAAAGUAUCACUUGGAGAUCCCGUUUUGGAAGUGCUAUCUGGGAAAGUUUAACUGGAUUCGCUGCAAUUGCUGCUCAUGGGAAGAACCUCAGAUCAACCCUUUAGAACUGGGGUCCUAGAUCAGGUCUUCUGCUACAGAAGGGGGAGCAGAGAGGCCCAGUGAGCUCACGUGUGUUCUUUGUCAUACGGAUGCAAAAUUAGCUUUUAAGUGUCCCUUGUUUUAAAUAAACUUAGUAGAGUCA